GCGCAAAAGAGAUACAUGGAACACGUCAUGUAAGUUAGCGCGGUACAUGGAAUCGGGGAGCUUCAAUUUGAAGCUCACCGGGCAGUCAUGAUUGGGUCCGGCGGGUGCAAGAAUGGUACAUGGUCCAAUAUAUCGACGCCAGAAUUUUCGAAGCGUGUCAGCUUCGGGCUGGAAGUGAAGCGCGUCGACAAGAACCUCGUCGCCAACUUUGAAGGGAUGAUCGAUGCGAGAGCGGUUAGCGCGAGUGGCCAUGUGAGUCUGGGAAUCAGCAAUGCUCUCGCGAGCCUUGCUAAGAAGCGCAUCCAUCUCCUUUACCCAAUCAUUGAGGGCAGGGCAUUUGGUGUCGGGAUGGAUCUGAGAUGGACGGAGAAGAACAGAGUCCUCAAGGAGGUCUUGGAACAUCGUGUUCAUAGCCGUCUGGAAAGUGGUGGGGGCAUUACGGAGACCGAAAGGCAUGACGAUAAACUCAUAGUGCCCAAAACGAGAACGAAAAGCGGUCUUGGGCUGGUCCUCCUCGGCUAUGCGGAUUUGGUGAUAUCCGCUACGAAGAUCGAUCUUCGUGAAGAAAUGGUGAUCGGUAAGGCAGUCAAACAGAUCAUCCACGCGAGGCAUGGGAUAGUGGUUUUUGACCGUGUAGCGGUUGAGACCGCGGUAGUCAAUACAGAGAUGAAGGGUGUCGUCCUUCUUGUGAUCGAAGAGGACCGGGGCACUCCAUGGGGAAGUACUCGGUUUAAUGAAGCCCUGACCAAGCAGCUCCUCAAGUUGGCGCUUGAGUUCCUGGGCUUCGGGAACCGAAAGGUGAUAUGGGGCACGAUUCUUAAUGCGAUAGUUGGGCUCGAGCUGGAUGUGGUGCUCGAUAUCGCGCAUGGGAGGGAUACUGAUGUAGGAGACGGAUGGUGGGAAAGCAUCACGAUACUCGCGAAGGACGGCACCAACGCUAGACGGCAAGGAAGAGAGAAGGGUGUCAAAUUCCUUGGCAGCGACGGCGUCUGAAGCAGAGGUGGAGGGAGUCUGUGUGGAGGUAGGGAGUGAGGGUGUAUCCGUGGUAAGGGAAGCGAGGAAGUGAGAUGGGCUAGCAGGAGUAGAGGAGGGUAAGGAAGUUGAGGAAUCAUGAGGGUCGGGGGGCUCGGGAGGUGGUGGAUCGAGCUCGACCAACUCAACAUCCUUAUGCAUUGAGUCGCAAGUAAGGAGAUCCGUGAUGUCGACAACAUAAAGUUCUACAUCAGGCUGACGAAGGAAGUGGUGGAACUGGGUAGGUGUACAAAUGGUGGCAUUAACAGGGGGGGNGGUGGCAUUAACAGGGGGGGGGGGGGGGGUAGAGCCCGAUUUGCCCAACAACCGAAUACGGUAUUGCUUCCCAUCC